AUGCCACAAAAUAAGAAUACCGAGUUACACCAUAAACGCUGUGGAUAUUGUCUGGAUUACCAGGAGAAGAGAAAGAAGGAAGGUCGAGAGGCGCCGGAAUGUUCAAAGGCAAAAAAGAUGACUGGUCUGAAGGCUAAGCUCUACUAUAAACAGCGCCAUGCUGAGAAAAUACAAAUGAAAAAGACUAUCAAGAUGCAUAAAGAGAGAAACACCAAACAAAAGAAUGAUGAAAGGACUCCACAAGGAGCAGUUCCUGCCUAUCUACUGGACAGAGAGAGGCUGUCCCAAGCUAAAGUACCUCCCAAUAUGAUUAAACAAAAACGAAGAGUGGAAGCUGGAAAAUGGGAAGUCCCUCUGCCCAAAGUUCAUGCUCAGGGAAAAACAGAGGUAUUAAAAGUUACUCGAACAAGAAAGAGAAAGAAAAACGCGUGGAAGAGGAUGGUUACUGAAGUGCUUUGUUGGAGACGGCUUACUCAAAAACCACCUAAAUAUGGAAGAUGCAUUAGGCCAAUGGGCUCACGUUUCAAGAAGGCCCAUGUAACACAUCCUGAACCGAAAGCCACCUUUUGCCUGUCGAUACUUGGUGUAAAGAAGAAUCCAUCAUCCCCACUUUAUACAACUUUGGGUGUUAUUACCAAAGGUACUGUCAGCAAGGUGUACAUGAGCAAGUCAGGCCUUGUGGUAACAAGAGGCAGGAUUAUUUGA